AAUGAUCUAAAAUAUAUAAUAUGAGAUCAGGAAAGAAGCAAAACUUUUGAAAUUUAUUAACCAAAUAGAGAAAAAAAAAUACAAAGAGAAAAUUAUGAUUCAAGCCACGAUUAAAUAAAAUAUGAGAAAGACCUAAUAAGUGCCUCCCUUUUGUUAAAAAUCGCUCCAAAAAUGACUAAAUUCACCAAAGUGCAGUAGGAUUUUUUAUUUUUAUUUUUUUUGAUUUUUUUUUUGUAAAAAGAAUAUACUAAAUACUUCUGCUAGUAGAGAGAUAAAAGUAAAUUCCCAUCCAAAAAGUUCAUAUGACAGACCAGCAUAGACCCAAGUGGCAAUAUAGAAACGUGUAAAAAAGAAAGCAACUUUAUCAGCCAUGUGACGAACCAAUUACAAAGCACCAAGUGGCAAAGAAGAAAUAUUCAGCAAAAAAGUAACUUUAUUAGCUAUAUUCAGCAACUUUAGACAUAAAAAAAUAAAAUUCCCCUAUUGUGAGGACGACUUUAAUUCUCUCUGCUCUUAUAUAUAUAUAUAUACUAGUAAUAGUAAUGUACAUCACGGCAUCUACUUCACAAUCUUCCAAGAAAAAAUCUUUUUGUGAUGAAUACUAGCACUCAUUUUCCAAGUGAUCAUAGAUCAUCUGAUAGAUUUGAAUUUUGUCAUCGUUUUGCUUUGAAUAAUAAUCUUGGCAUUGCAAGUGAUCAGUUUAGUCGUCGUGGCGGCGGAGUUGGAGGAGGAGGAGUCAAUGAUGUUUUCUGCUUUCCAAGAAGCAUGCCGCCAUCAGAUGAAGAACUUGUUAUUGGUAGUGGCAGUGAUCGGACAGUAGUCGAAGGCGAUUACUUUGAUGGAGUUUUUAAGUAUAUACAACAGAUGCUUAUGGAAGAUCAAGAUGAUUUGGAGAACAGGCCUUGUAUGUUUCCAGAUUGUAUUGCUCUUCAGGCUGCUGAGAAGUCUUUUUAUGAUGUCCUCAAUCCUCCUCCAGUUCAUCGCGAUAGUCCUCAUUUUCAAGAUGAUGCUUAUCGCGAUGCUGUGAAUCAAUUUGUUGAGUCUACUUCCAAUGCUGAUCUAGAUGGUGACCAGUGUUCACUUUUAUAUGCUUCUGGUUUAAACAAUUAUCAUCAAGCUGGUGCUGCCAAUAGCGGUUAUGUGAACUCAGCGGAUGCAAACAAUUAUCGUCAAGCUAACGAAGCCAAUGGCGUCAACGAUCAAGGGGUGAAAUCAAACAAGAAGCACACUCGAGAAGAAAAUGGAGAUACUUCAAAAGGGGGAAAUUCGAAGCAGUUUGCGAGUAAUGGAGCAGAGGAAACAGGGGAUAAAGAAGCAGAGGAGCAUUACGAUAAGGCGCUUCUUUGUCCAGGCAUGAAUCCUUCCUUCUAUGAGAAUCGAUCGAAAACAGCAACAUCGUUGGAUAAUGCAGCAUGGGACAAGCAAAAGAGCUCUCAUAUAAAGUUGUCUAAACGCGGUAGGCCUCGCGGCACCAAAAACGGCAUGAAGAAGAAUGAAGUAGUAGAUCUCACUAGUCUCCUAACACGUUGCGCGGAGGCUGCAGCCACCUACAACAGCAAGACAUUCAUUCAAGUUCUCGAUAAAAUUAAGCAGCACUCUUCACCCUUUGGAGAUGCUACUGCAAGAUUGGCGUAUUACUUCGCCAAUGCCCUUGAAGCUCGUUUUGCUGGUGGAGAUGCAACGUUGGCCACAAGCAAGAGAAUAUCAGCUGCGGAGUUCUUAAAAGCUUAUCAGAUCUACAUCGCUGCCUGUCCAUUCAAGAGGAUGUCAAACAUAUUCGCUAACAAGUCCAUCGCGAAAUUAACAAGUGCAUCACCAAGGGUUCACAUAAUAGAUUUCGGGAUCCUAUAUGGAUUUCAAUGGCCUUGUAUAAUACACGGGAUUUCCCUUAGGCCCGGGGGACCUCCAAGGCUUCGGAUCACAGGAAUUGAUUUCCCUCAGCCAGGUUUUCGACCAGCUGAGAGAGUCGAGGAGACAGGACGACACUUGGAGGAAUAUUGCAAGAGGUUUAAUGUUCCCUUUGAGUAUAAAGCACUAGCAAAGAAAUGGGAUGAGAUUAAACUCGAAGAUCUAGAUAUCGACAGAGAUGAGACACUGGUGGUCAAUUGUUUGUACAGGCUAAAGAAUGUCCACGACGAAACGGUAGUAACUCAUGGCAACAAAAAUCCCAGAGAAGCUGUCCUUAACUUGAUCAAGGAAAUAAAUCCCCAUUACUUUGUCCAUGGGAUCGUUAACGCCAUGUACAAUGCCUCUUUCUUCACAACAAGAUUCCGCGAGGCCUUAUUCCAUUUCUCGUCACAGUUUGACAUGUUUGAAGCCACCAUGCCACGAGAAGAUGAAGGAAGGAUGACGUUUGAGCAGGAAGUGUUCGGAAGAGACAUCAUGAACGUCAUAGCUUGUGAAGGGACGGAGAGAGUUGAGAGGCCGGAAAGUUACAAGCAAUGGUCAGUGAGGAAUCAGAUAGCGGGGUUCAGACAACUUCCAUUGGAUCAAGACAUCGUCAAGGAAGUAAAGACCAAGGUGAAAAUGUUUUAUCAUGCCGAUUUUCUGGUAGACGAAGAUAGCAACUGGAUGUUACAGGGCUGGAAAGGAAGAAUCAUGUAUGCACUCUCAGUUUGGGAGCCUGUACAUAAAUAAAAUAUUGUAGAGAGUUUCGUGACAGACAAAUCUUGCGUUGAUUUAUCAAGAACUUGUAAGAACAUAAAUCAAUGGAAAUAAGUUGAGAUCCAAAAUUCGACAAA